AUGUGCCCUGAUAAGGCAGAACUGGCCAAGCCGGACUCGGAAAAGCAGCAGCCUGUUGCCGCUGAGCAGGGUAAAAAAACAAAUAGUGAGGAGGAUGUUGUGGAGGGAGACACUGCUAAUGUUGCGGCGGGAGAACCCGCCGCUGCUGCCGCUGCUGCUGCUGGCGCGACUGCCGCUGCGGGGGAACCAGCGGUGGUAGAGGAGGAUGUGACAGGAAACAUUGUUAAAGAGGCGGUGGAGGACGGUGGUAAUGGUGCGAGUAUAGGAGAGGAUGAGAGCACGGUGGUCGAACACAGAGAGAACGACGAACUGUUGGAGGAGUUCUGUGAGGAACUACCUCAGGUCUCUGCGGAGACCAACCUGGAGUUGGAACGGCCUCUGAGCCUGCAGGAACUACACACAGCCCUCCUUGGCAUGAAGGGUCGGAAGUCUCCAGGCGUUGACGGGCUCACGGUCGAGUUCUACAAGGCCUAUUGGGAGCUUCUGGCCCAAGACGUGCUCGACGUAUUCAACGAGAGUCUGUCUACCGAAGAACCCUUGGUGUACGGAGCAAGACUGGAUGUUGAAGAGGACACGUUCCUGGGGCUAACAGAGACGCUGUCUAGAGCCGGAAUGGUGACCUUAAAGAGGCUGAUUCGAGCGUCAGGAGCAGACUUUGGCGAUGCCCAGAAGGUCGCUGCCGCACUGAAAGAUCACAUGAGAAUUCAUACAGGUGAAAAACCAUUCACUUGUCCAGCUUGUGGAAAAGACUUAUGGAAAAGUUUCCGGAGGAAACAUAAGUUAGUUAAUCACAUCAGAAUUCACACGGGUGAGAAACCUUUCUCAUGUGAGACCUGUGGGAAAAGUUUCUGGAGGAAAUAUAAAUUAGUUAAUCACAUCAGAAUUCACACGGGUGACAAACCUUUCUCAUGUGAGACCUGUGGAAAAAGUUUCUCUCAAAAGCAAAGCUUAACUGUUCACAUGAGAUCUCACACAGGUGAGAAACCUUUCUCAUGUGGGAUUUGUGGAAGAAGUUUCACUCAAAAAAACAACUUAACUUCUCACAACAGAAUUCACACAGGUGAGAAGCCGUUCUCAUGUGAGGCCUGUGGAAAAUGUUUCCCUCAUAAAAAAAGUUUAACUGUUCACAUGAGAUCUCACACAGGUGAGAAACCUUUCUCAUGUGGGAUUUGUGGAAAAGGUUUCACUCAAAAACAUAGAUUAACUUCUCACAUCAGAAUUCACACAGGUGAGAAGCCAUUCUCAUGUGAGGCCUGUGGAAAAUGUUUCCCUCAUAAACAAAGUUUAACUGUUCACAUGAGAUCUCACACAGGUGAGAAACCUUUCUCAUGUGGGAUUUGUGGAAAAAGUUUCACUCAAAAACAGUGCUUAACAUCUCACAACAGAAUUCACACAGGUGAGAAACCUUUCUCAUGUGGGAUUUGUGGAAAAGGUUUCACUCAAAAACAGUACUUAACAUCUCACAACAGAAUUCACACAGGUGAGAAGUAG